AUGAUGGCACGUCGUGACCCCAAAAGUGGGGCAAACAGACUCGUGAGAGCCCACACCUUCCAGAAGCAGCAGAGGGCCCCAGUUGGGCCAAGGACUCCCCCACCCGAUGAAGAAGAUCCCAGGGUCAAGUGCAAAAACUGCGGGGCCUUUGGCCACACGGCCAGAAGUACCAGGUGCCCCAUGAAAUGCUGGAACGGAGCCCUGGUUCCCCAGGCCUUUGGGAGAAAGGAAGGGAAGGAAAACCUGAAACCAUGGAAGCCCCAGGUUCGAGGGAACCCGGGGCUCUUGAACAAGGAAAAGGGAGAGAAGGAAGAGAGACCAAGGCAACAAGACCCGCAGAGGAAGGCUCUCCUCCAGAUCCUUUCCGGGAAACCUCCGGAGAAGCCGCUGCCAAAUCGAAAAGAAUCCAUGGAAUCUUGUGAUUGUCUGAGGGUUGCAAGCAGGCCAAUGGCGGUCCACACAACCAAUAAGAGGCCACGCUUGGACCCUGCCCUCACUGAUGGCUCAGCUACCAAAAUGUCUGACAUGGUAUCCGUCUUGGCUUCACUGUCUCCCCUGAGAAAAGCCAGGCUGAGCUCCUCGUCAAGUCUCCGACCAAAGGAACGACAGACAGGGUCCCUGGCCGACAUCCCUCAGCCUGAAGUCAGGCGGCAGGGCCCGGAGCCUCUCGUCGUGGUGAAGCCAACACACAGCAGGCCUCAGGGUGGCUGUCGAGAAGUUCCCCAGGCUGCCUCCAAGCCCCACGGCCUGAUCCAGGACAUCAGGCCCCAGGCACAAGACAAACGUCCGGCGUUGACCUCACAGCCCUGCCCACCAGCCGACACACACAGCUUGGGCCUCAGCUCCAAUCUCAGUUUCAGGUCAGGAGCCAAGAGACCUGCCCAGGCUCCGACGCAGGCUUGCCUGAACUUCCCCAAGAAACCGAGAAUGAGUCCUUUCCAGAUGCCUGAAAAUGCCAUCCAGGGAGGUGAGCUGGGUGCCCCAGAGACUCUCCAACCUCCGCCAGCUGCAACCGAACGCAGACCAAGUCCGUCGCCCCAGAUGAGCAGGGGGACACCCGCCCAGGUGCCCAGCAGCGACUGGCAGCCUCCGCACAGCAGACCUUGCCUGCCUACUGUCCAGGCCUGCACCAUGUCCCAUCACCCAGCGGCCAGCCACGAUGGGGCUCAGCCUCUCAGAAUGCUCUUCCGGAGACUGGAAAAUGGAUGGUGGAGCUCCAGCCUUCUGACAGCUCCCUCGUUCCCCUCUCCUGAGAAGCCGGGAGCCCUCCUCGCUCACAGCCCUCAUGUCUCAGAGAAGUCUGAGGCUCCCUGUGUUCCUGUCCCCCUGAGUGUCCUCUAUGAGGACCUUCAGGUUUCCUCCUCCUCAGAGGACAGCGAUUCUGACCUGGAGUGA